UGUAAUGUGUUAUAUAUGUAAGUGGUGGGGACUUAAGAAUGUGAACUAUUGAUAGUUUCUGGCGUUCACUUGUGUGACACAAUCAAAAUUGUUGAAUAGACACACAAAGCAAACGUUUCUUGAUUUCUUCUCUACCAACUUGAUUAGUUUUGAUCAUUUUUAGUGCAGAAAUGGGUUGUGUAAAAAUUGUGUUUUUUAUGCUAUAUACCUUUCUCUGUCAACUUGCUUUGUCGUCAUCCUCACCUCAUUUGUGCCCGAAAGAUCAAGCUCUUUCUCUGCUACAAUUCAAGAACAUGUUUACCAUUAAUCCUGAUGCUUCUGAUUAUUGUGAUUCUUCUCAUCCAAGAACUCUUUUCUGGAACAAAAGCACAGAUUGUUGCUCAUGGGAUGGAGUUCAUUGUGACAAGAUGACAGGACAAGUGAUUGAGCUUGAUCUCCAUUGCAGCCACCUUCAAGGCAAGUUUCAUUCAAACAGUAGCCUCUUUCAACUCUCCAAUCUCAAAAGACUUGAUUUUUCUUAUAAUGAUUUCACUGGAUCGCCCAUUUCACCUAAAUUUGGCACAGAGUUACAUGGGAUAUUGCCCGAAAGAUUCUUCCACCUCACCGACUUAGAAUCCCUUGAUUUAUCAUUCAAUCCCCAGCUCACAGUUAGGUUUCCCACAACCAAAUGGAAUAGCAGUGCAUCACUCAUCAAGUUAUAUCUCUAUAAUGUGAAUUUUACUGGUACGUUACCUGAAUCGUUUAGCUAUCUAACUGCACUUCAUAAGCUGGACAUGGGUUAUACUAAUCUGUCAGGGCCCAUUCCUAAACCUCUAUGGAAUCUCACCAGCAUAGAGAUUUUGUACCUUGAUUAUAACCAUCUUGAAGGACCAAUUUCCCACUCCACGAUAUUUGAAAAACUCAAGAGGUUAUCACUUAGAAAUAACAACUUGGAUGGCGGACUUGAGUUCUUAUCCUUUAACACCCAACUUGAAUGGAUAGAUUUAUCAUCCAAUUCCCUAACUGGUCCAAAUCCAUCCAACGUAAGCGGACUUCAAAACCUAGAAUGGCUCUACUUGUCAUCAAACAACUUGAAUGGGAGUAUACCUUCCUGGAUAUUCUCCCUUCCUUCAUUGAUAGAGUUAGACUUGAGCAAUAACACUUUCAGUGGAAAAAUUCAAGACUUCAAGUCCAAAACAUUAAGUGUCGUUUCUCUACGACAAAAUCAGCUGGAAGGUCCUAUUCCGAAUUCACUCCUAAACCAGAGCCUAUUUUAUCUUGUCCUUUCACACAAUAAUAUCAGUGGACAUAUUUCUUCAUCUAUCUGCAAUCUGAAAAAAAUGAUAUUGUUAGACUUGGGAAGUAACAAUUUGGAGGGAACGAUCCCACAAUGUGUGGGUGAGAUGAAAGAAAACCUUUGGAGUUUGGAUUUGAGCAACAACAGACUUAGUGGGACAAUCAAUACAACUUUUAGUAUUGGAAACUCUUUAAGGGUCAUUAGCUUGCACGGGAAUAAGCUAACCGGGAAAGUCCCACGAUCUUUGAUCAAUUGCAAGUAUUUGACACUACUUGAUCUAGGUAACAAUCAGUUGAAUGACACAUUUCCAAACUGGUUGGGAAACCUAUCUCAAUUGAAGAUUUUAAACUUGAGAUCAAAUAAGUUGCAUGGUCCCAUCAAAUCUUCAGGGAAUACAAACUUGUUUACGCGUCUUCAAAUUCUUGAUCUAUCAUCUAAUGGAUUUAGUGGGAAUUUACCCGAAAGUAUUUUGGGGAAUUUGCAAGCCAUGAAAAAAAUUGAUGAGAGUACAAGAACACCAGAGUAUAUUUCUGAUAUUUAUUACAAUUAUUUGACGACAAUUACUACAAAGGGACAAGAUUAUGAUUCUGUUAGAAUUUUUACUUCUAACAUGAUUAUCAAUCUCUCAAAGAACAGAUUUGAAGGUCGUAUUCCAAGCACUAUUGGAGAUCUUGUUGGACUUCGUACGUUGAAUUUGUCUCAUAAUGUCUUGGAAGGUCAUAUACCGGCAUCAUUUCAAAAUUUAUCAGUACUCGAAUCAUUGGAUCUCUCAUCUAACAAAAUCAGCGGAGCAAUUCCGCAGCAGCUUGCAUCCCUCACAUUCCUUGAAGUCUUAAAUCUCUCUCACAAUCAUCUUGUUGGAUGCAUCCCCAAAGGAAAACAAUUUGAUUCGUUCGGGAACAGUUCAUACCAAGGGAAUGAUGGGUUACGCGGAUUUCCACUCUCAAAACAUUGUGGUGGUGAUGAUCAAGUGACAACUCCAGCUGAGCUAGAUCAAGAAGAGGAGGAAGAAGAUUCACCAAUGAUCAGUUGGCAGGGGGUUCUCGUGGGUUACGGUUGUGGACUUGUUAUUGGACUAUCCGUAAUAUACAUAAUGUGGUCAACUCAAUAUCCAGCAUGGUUUUCGAGGAUGGAUUUAAAGUUGGAACACAUGAUUACUACGAGAAUGAAAAAGCACAAGAAAAGAUAUUAGUGAGUAGCUAUACCUCCAGGAUUCAUGUCGACAAAGUUUCUGAAGAUGCAGAUAAAAUCCUUUAUCUUUCAUAGUCUGUGAUGUUUUCGUAAUGUAUUUGUUAUCCUAUGAAUAAAAACAUGACUUUUCUUCCUUUCAGACUCAAA